AUGGCUUCAUUCUCCGUCUUCCCCUUCCACGUGGGAGAGGCAUCAAACGAACGUAUCAAGCUCAUUCCCUUCAAUCCAGAGCAACACUGUGAAACAUUCUUCCGCCAAUCCUCGCCGUAUCCCGAGUUAUACAAACACUUACCCAUACUACCCCCUGCUUCAGCAGCUGAACUCAAAUCCCUAUUCUACAAUACUCCCACGAACCAUAUUCUGUCCUUCGCCAACCCAGAGUCGUUUGCCUUUGCCAUUAUAGACAAGACACGGCCGCCAUCCCUAGAGGAUCCUGAGGGAGAACUAGCUGGCACUGUGAGCUUUAUUCGCACAUCGCCAACGAACCUGUGCACAGAAAUUGGAUUUAUUGUCAUCCUACCUCCGUACCAGCGAACCCAUGUGGCAACUAAUACCGUUGGUCUCGCUCUACAGCUUGCCUUUGAGUCUACGGAGAAUGGAGGCCUUGGAUUGCGCAGAGUACAUUGGUCGGCUAGCACGAUGAACCUUGCUAGUUCUCGACUUGCGCAGAGGAUGGGAUUUGAGAAGGUCGGGAUCAUCCCUUGGCAUAUGCGGUUUAUUAAAGGGAAGAUAAAUGGGAAAAUCGGACAUGGUAGAGAGUUACCGUCUGGAAGCGAUCCUGAUGAUUUGUGGAGAGACACACUAAGUCUUACUUUGGGAUGGGAUCGGUGGGAAAAUGCCGCGAGAGAAAUGGCGGCGAAGGCUAUGGAGAGAUAA